GCAGCCGAGCAGGAGCAGUCUUAGGGUGAAGAAUAUGGCGGCGGUCAAGCUGGUGGUGGGGGUGGUUCAGCUGUGGCCGACAGUCCAGAGGCUCCUCCGGAACGGUUGGGAGCUACUGCAGCAGAAACUUCAGCAGAGUGGGCCAGGCUCCUUCAGUCUUCCGUGGGGACCAGCAUUAACAGUCCAAGGGCCAGCUAUAUUUACAGAACCAGCAAAUGAUUCUAAUGGAAGUAAGGAGACGUCCAGCCUUUUGGAUAGUAUCUUUUGGAUGGCAGCUCCCAAAAACAGACGCAGCAUUGAAGUUAACCGGUGUAGGAGAAGAAAUCCUCAGAAGCUUAUUAAAGUUAAGACCAACAUAGACGUUUGUCCUGAAUGUGGUCACCUGAAACAGAAACAUGUCCUUUGUGCCUAUUGCUAUGAGAAGGUGUGUAAGGAGACUGCAGAAAUCAGAAGACAGAUAGGGAAACAAGAAGGGGGCCCUUUUAAGGCUCCUACUGUAGAGACCAUGGUGCUGUACACAGGAGAGACACCAUCUGAACAAGAUCAAGGCAAGAGGAUCAUUGAACGAGACCGGAAGCGACCCUCCUGGUUCACCCAGAAUUGACACCAGAGGUGUUUAAGUAGGAUAACUUAACAUAAAACAUUUCUCCUGAAGAAAAGGAAGAUUCUUUGUUUUUAAUGUUUUGUGCUUGUUUUAAAAUCAAUAUAGCUCGAAACAUUCUUUCUGAGCAAUUUUAGUGUGGAUAAUUUAAAGAAUAUGUCAGGAGUAAAGUCUGAAAAUGUUUGUUUAUGCAGAGGCUCAGUGGAUUUAUAUGUCUGUUUUUAUUAUAAGGUUUUAAGUAAAUGUUAGGUUUUCAAGACAGAACAAUAAAACAAAUAAUUUUAAAUUCAUAUCAAGAGUUACGUGUUUGGCUGUGGUUUUGUUUGCCACUGUUUUUUCUUACAUAAGACUACUUACAGAAAUACAUUUGUUUAAGUAAUACCUAGAAAUAGGUUAUUAUUUGAAUUCUGGGUAAUGUUUUUAAGUUGGUGGUUGUUGUAGUAAGAAAAGGUUCUGUCUUUUCUUUCGUUGUUUUAGCAAACUAAAAUUACCUUUGGUGAAAUUUAUGUGGGACAUAUGUUAAUUUACUUGGUUGGACAAAUAAUUCUUGACAUUUUACAUUAAAUCAAAAUGACAUUCA